CCCAACAACCAAUCCAGCCUUCAGUCACACAACGUCCUGCGCACACAUCGCGCCUCAACCCGCCUACACCCAACAACAAUCAUGGACUACAUACUCGACAAUGUCGGCGAAUGGAAGGACCGCUUCGUCAACAACUCAAUCAAGUCAUUCGAAGAAAUGACUGCCCAGAGAUGGCUCCGAAUUAUCGCCAUUGUGGGCGGCUACCUCUUGAUCCGCCCAUAUCUCCUGAAUGCGGCUGCGAAAAACCAGAAAAAGCAACUGGACAAGGAGGCCGAAGAAUUGGGCUUGGGGAAGAGUGAUGCGCCGGAUGCGAACGAUUUCCGGGGAAAGGGUGUCAAGGACAACCUCUAA